UAGAGGGUGCUAGUAACUUGCAAACUGGAAAUGAUUUGUAACAGGUGGGGGCAUCCGUUCAACAAUAGUUGGCUCACCGUCUGUGGAGACUGUCACAGGCGAAUACUGCUUAGAGUUGAAAAUUGUUGUCAUUCCAACGAACUAGUCAAAUGAAAACUAAGUUACAGUAAGGAUCAAUUGGUUCAGGAUCAAUUGUUUUAUAUGCGCCACUCGUCUGCGCUCACUGCAGACUUAGAGGACAACAAUUUUCAGAGGCCAGGUGACCAACCACCACCAGGCAGCAACUAUGAAGUAUUCCAAUAUGAACGUCCUUCAGAGGCCCAUGAAUCACUUUUUCCAUCCACAUUACUUCGGCUGGGCUCACUUCCAGCGGAAGACACGCAAGUCAACCUUUUCCUUGCCGGCAGAACCAGCGGAAUGAGUCGCCUCCCUCUGCUUCGAAUCGGCACCGAGGGGCGGCGAUAUGACAAUUAAGGACGCAUUUCGAACUCGUGUCCUUCCAAAGUACACUAGCAACGUUACCGGGACUGUUUCCUUCUUGAACAACUUGGCAAAUUUACAAUCAUUGCUCUUGAAAUAUGUGAACAUUUGAUCGAAACUUCGCAGCCAUCAGGGUUCAGAUUGACCUGCCGGGACAUGGAUCUUCAAGUGACUGUUUGGCUUAUUUACUGCUUUUUUCUGCCGGUCGUUUUGUUAACAGCUUGUCUUCUUCGCUACAACGUACUCUCCCUGGUCUACUUUGUUUACCUGUUGUUGCUGCCCUGGUUUCUGUGUCCCAACAAACACACCAUCAGAGGACAUACCGGCCAUUUCAUCAGAGCCAUAUUUUGUACCAGUCUGCUGUUUGUACUCGCUCAUGUCUGCUUCCAGACCGUCCUAUACACCUAUCCUCCUCUAAACAUUGCUAUUGGUGACAACUGUUCGCACAUGGCUACCAUAAGCAGACAUAUCGGAGUGUCCAGGCUUCCACUGGAGGAUCCUUGGACUGUGUUGCGCCUACUGUGUCCCGACCUGGUGCUGUGUGCUAUUUCUUUGUUAACCAUCAUCCUUUGUAGAAGAUUAGUCAUGACCCGAGACAUACUGGCUGCAGCAAAUAUUACCGCUAUGCAAGAAGAAGAAGAGGAGGAAGAAGAAGAAGAAACAAACGACGAGGCUGAAAGUGAGCAAGAAUCAGAGGACGAGGAUGACGAAGGAUCAUUUCCUUGCGACGCCGCUCGGGAUCUUUCGACGGCAACCUUGGCCAAGCAGCUGGCUGAGCGUCUAAAGGCGGUGGUCCAUAAAGUACUGCUAGACCUUUGGAGAAUCUUUGCCGUCAGCCUACUUGCUUUGGCCGGAAUCGCAUUGCCCUCGGCUUUCUCAGCCGUCUACUUCCUGCUUUUCCUGGCUGUCUGCACGUGGUGGGCAUGUCACCUUCCAAUGAGUCCCCUGGCUUUCAACACGCUCUACAUGAUGGUGGGCUUCUUCACCGCUGGCCACAUUCUUGGUCUCUACCUAUACCAGUGUCUUCUGGCCCAGGUUCUCUUUCCACCACGCAGUCUGUGGGCAAGGCUCUUUGGUCUGAAGGACAUUAUCAAACCUGGAAACUGCUCGACACCGUACGACUUCAGCCUCAACACGGAAUAUGACUGGCCGGUGUAUGUUAACCCGGGACUACUGUUCCUUCUCUACGUCAUCUCGGCAAUGGUUCUGAAGACAGGAGGCCAUGGAUCACUGAACCAGGAGGAAGACAAGCAAGAGCAGGUGAAAAAUGCAAAUGAGCCAAAGGACGAGACGCUAGAGUUGAGCGCGUGGAAUCAAAAGAGAGGGGAGGACGACUGUGAAGAUGACGUACAGCGCAUGCUCUUGUGUGCGGGAACAGAGCAGAGUCAAGGGGGAAGUGUGGCAGAGGAAGGUCGAGCACAAAAUGGUUUUGCUGUCGGCCAGCCGUCCGAAAGUCCCUUUUCGAUGCUGGCCAAGACAAUCAUGCAGCAGAGUUACGUUUGCGCUCUGAUAGCGAUGAUGGUCUGGAGCAUCACGUACCACAGCUGGCUGACAUUUGUGCUGCUCCUGUGGGCUUGUCUCAUCUGGAUUCUGCGUGCUAGACGACGCGCCGCCAUGCUUUGCUCUCCGUUCAUCAUGCUCUACGCGCUGGCACUGUGUUGUCUGCAAUACGUUUGGGCCAUGGAGCUUGCGCCGGAACUGCCGACCACCGUGGGAAGCAUGAGUCUCAGGCAGCUAGGGUUGGAUAAAGCCCAGUACCCCUGUCUCAGAUUGGGAGCUAUGCUUCUGUUCACGUCAACGUUCUGGCUUUUAGUACGUCAGUCGGUGAAGGAGAAAUUCAGCAAGAGUAGGACAACAGCCACACCACUAGAAGAAGUCACUUCAACAGGGAUGGAUUCCACAAACCAAUCCCUGCCAAAGGUCCUGGGAGCCUUGGUGCUAAGUUUCUAUGCCAAGUAUUGGAUCUAUGUGUGUGCUGGGAUGUGCCUCAUGGUCUCUUUUGUGGGAAAACUUGUUGGCUACAAGCUGGUCUACAUGCUGCUUUUCCUCCUCUGCCUCUGUAUAUAUCAGCUCUACUACUCUGUCUGGAGGCGUCUAUUGAAGCUCUUCUGGUGGCUGGUCGUGGCCUACACCAUGUUGGUAUUGAUCUCCAUCUACACGUUCCAGUUUGAAGACUUCCCUGGUUAUUGGAAGAAUUUGACCGGACUCACCGAACAACAGCUCACAGCCAUCGGUCUGGAGACCUUUGCCCUCUCCGAGCUCUUCACCAGUAUUAUGAUCCCCGGAUUCUUCUUGCUGGCCUGUAUUCUGCAGUUGCACUAUUUCCACAAGCCCUUUAUGAGAAUUACUGACCCCGAACACGUGACACUGAUUCCCCGGAAAAGCAGCUGCGAGCAGACCCCGUUAACCGCUAUUGUCGACGAAUCGGAAGAUAAAGUGGACUUCAUGCCCAGUAAAUGGGCUCUGGUGGUUGACAGGCUACUGGUCCUGUUGGACAAGUUCUCGGACAUUCUCAACAAAGCUCAGGUCUUUCUCUGGACUCUUCUGGACCUUCACAUCACUAAGAUGGUGGCACUCUACACUGUGUGGGUUGCACUUGAAGAGCCAUCUGUGUUUAACCUGGUCCUGGUGACGCUGUGGUCUUCGGCCAUGCCAUUCAGUGGCUUCCGACCCAUGGCUUCCAGCCUGUCCACGAUCUGGGUGUGCGUCAUCAUCAUGUGUAAAAUGUUGUACCAGCUUAGCGUCGUCAGCCCGACCCAGUACUCCAACAACUGCAGCCUGCCGCUUGUGAACGAGACCAACCUUUUACCAAGGGAAAUCCUGAAUUCGUCCUUGUACAAGGCACCGGUGGACCCGGCCGACUGGUUUGGCAUCAGGAAGGAAGCGAGUGUACUGGCCUAUAGCAAGAAGCAUUUAGCCGUGCUGCUGUUGCUGGUGUUUGAGGCCACAGUGUAUCGCCACCAGGCCCACUACUAUCGUCAGCCGCAACGAGCCCCCUCCAAAGUACCUGCUCUGUUCCCAGACGCCACAAGGGAUACUUUAGACCAAGGCCUUCUAGCCUGCUUCAAGUACCUGCUCAACUACGCCUUCUACAAGUUUGGAUUAGAGAUCUGCUUCCUGAUGACUGUGAACGUGAUCGGCCAACGGAUGAACCUCUUGGUUAUAAUCCACGGUUGUUGGUUGGUGGCCAUCUUGGUGAGACGACGUCGGGCGGCCAUUGCGAGGAUAUGGCCAAAAUAUUGUGUCUUUCUGGCCAUCUUCACCAUUUAUCAAUAUGUUCUAUGUGUGGGUAUACCACCUGCUCUGUGUAAAGAUUACCCAUGGCGGUGGAACACCCCGCUUCUGAUGAACUCUGCUCUUAUCAAAUGGCUUUUUCUGCCAGACUUCUACACUGCGCCCAACUCCAAAAACCUCAUAGUGGAUUUUAUGCUUCUGAUUUGCGCAUCCCAGCAGUGGAAAGUAUUUAAAUGCGAGCAGUGUGAGGAGUGGGUGCGUCUGGCUGGAGACAAUACAGACGACCCUGAACCAAUGAAAGGUGGCCAGCUUAAUCCUGUGCCUAACUUUGUCAACUGCAGGAGUUACCUGGACAUGGCUAAGGUUUUGGUUUUCCGCCACUUAUUCUGGUUUGUAUUGUCAGUGGUCUUCAUGACCGGAGCGACUCGGGUCUCUGUGUUUGGAUUGGGAUACCUUCUCGCUUGUUUUUUUUUUUUGCUCUUUGGGACCCAACUCUUAGUCCAAGCCUCCAGGACGCGCCUUGCCAUGUGGGACUGUCUCAUCAUCUAUAAUGUGACAGUCAUCAUAUCCAAAAAUAUUUUAUCAAUUCUGGCAUGCGUGUUUGUUAUUGAGAUGCAAAAGGGCUUUUGUUGGAUGAUCCAGCUCUUCAGUUUAGUCUGCACAGUCAAGGGAUACUACGAUCCAAACUUAGUUAGUGAUAAGAAGUGCAGCCUCCCUAUCGAGGAAGCUGGAAUCAUCUGGGACAGCAUUUGUUUUCUCUUCCUGCUGCUGCAGAGACGGGUCUUCCUCAGUUUCUAUUUCUUCCAUGUUGUAGCGGAAUUGGAGGCAUUUGGCAAACAAGCCUCAAGGGGGUUUGAGCUCUUCAAAGCCACUAUCAUGAAGAACAUCAAAUCACACCAACAGGCCGAGAUGAAAUCCUUAUCGCAGCUCAAGAGAUCAAUGCAAAGAAUUCGCUCUAAACAGCAGAGGUACAGAGAGGGACCUAAAGUUAGUGAAGAAGACAACCAGAGUCCGAGUGCUGAAACGAAGACGGAGAGAAAGAACGGAAGCUGGUCUCAAUCGUGGCUCGACCACGCAACAGUGCUGCAUUCAGGGUGGUACUACCUUUUUGAAUCGGACAGUGAGGGGGAAUGUGAAGUGCUGUCAGAGGAGCCGAAGCCUCCGAAACAGACCGCCUAUCAGUUGGCUUAUCAGGCGUGGGUGAACAAUGUGAAAAGAGCUCUCAAAGAACAUCAGCGAAAGCGAAGGUCGCAGAGAAGACGUGAACCGGUCGAGGACGAGAGUGCCACACCGCACACUUGGCCGGAGGAAUCUUGCUCCGUGACAGGCUCCGAGGACAAUGACGUGUUUGAAGAGCCCCAAAUGAAGGAGCCGGAGGAGUCUGGUCGCGGAGAGAUUGUUCAGAGAAUCUUGGAUAUCGUACGUUUCUUAUGGGCCAUAGUACUGGCGAUCAUGGAUGGAUUGACCCAGUGGCUCAACCUGCUGACUAAGCAGUAUAGGGAAACAUCGGCCGUUCUGUGCAACGAACGCUACUUCUUCAUACACAAGAUAGAACAACCUCCUCGCACAGCAGCAGGCUCCACGGGUGACCAUUCUCAAGGCGCUGAGAGCCCACCACUAUACGACGGGACACCGACUGAGAGCAAUCAAUACCGCCUUUUGGAGGAGACACAGAUUGCGGAGGACUCGUCUCCUCCCAGACCCAGACUCGACAGCACGGCAAAGCUCUUGAGUCCAGAACUCCCGGUUGGAAGCCACCUGACAGCUGGGAGCCCAUUCGGACAACAGCGCAGACACUCCAGAACAGCCAGCGAAGUGCUCGGAGACAGGGACUUCAUGAUCCAAGAGCUGGAAGAAAGCACGGUGUUCUACAACAGGCAAAACCGCACGCUGAAGCUCUUGUUUGCCACACACAAUGUGUUGGCGGCCAACUCUGAGCUGGUGUGUUAUUUGAUCAUCAUCUUGAAUCACGUGGUCAGCGCCUCUGUGAUAUCGCUGGUAUUGCCCAUAAGCGUCUUUCUGUGGGCUAUGCUGACUGUGCCCAAACCCAGCAAAACGUUUUGGAUGACAGCCAUUAUCUACACGGAGGUGAUGGUGGUGAUCAAAUACCUUUUUCAGUUUGGAUUUUUUCCCUGGAACAGUGAUUACGAGAUGACUUUAAACGAAGACAAGCCUUUCUUUCUACCGCGCAUCCUCGGCGUGGAGAAAACGGACACUUACAUAAGAUACGACCUCCUCCAGCUGCUGGCUCUCUUCUUCCAUAGAUCUUUGCUCAUGCGUUAUGGCUUGUGGGACCACAAAGACCCCUUGGUGGAAGAAAGUAGUAACUCAUCAGGUCAUGGCAAGGAAGGAAAAGGCAAAAACACAGACGGCAGGCUAAACUCGGUGUCGAGCACAGAAAAGCUCAACCUGGAACAACGUGGAAAGCUCUUUCCAGCUGACUCAGCAGCAUCCCUGGACACACAGGAACACGUGUGCGGGUGGAAUCAUUCCACAAGCGUGAAAAAGGAGCAAAUGAGCGGGAGCAACAAAGAGGUCUUUGAGGAAAUGACGCGGAAAAAGAGCGGGCUCCACUUACGCAAGAAACCCAGAGAGCUUCGAGCGAAGGCCGCCACUGAAAGCGCAGCUCCCCCCAACAAAGAGCUUAGGACGAGAAAGAAGAAAAGCAAAAGGAAAGAAGCAGCCGGCAAUCGGAUACGGGCUGUCGGACGCAAGCUCAAACAAGCCUUUCUCUCCGGGAUUCGGGGACUUUACCGACCCGUCGGGGCUUUCUUCCUGGAUACUCUCCGAGCCGAUUAUCGUGUCGGCGCUGACGUCUACGCGCUCAUGUUCUUGACCGAUGUCAUCGACUUCAUCAUCAUCGUCUUUGGAUUUUGGGCUUUCGGGAAACACAGCGCAGCAGCUGAUAUUGCCUCCAGCUUGUCAGAGGACCAAGUUCCUGAAGCCUUUCUGGUGAUGCUCCUCAUCCAGUUCACCACCAUGAUCAUCGACAGAGCUUUGUACCUGCGGAAGGCCGUCCUGGGGAAGCUCAUUUUCCAGGUUGUUCUCGUCUUGGGGAUACACCUGUGGAUGUUCUUUAUCCUCCCUGCUGUCACUGAAGGGAGAUUCAAUCAGAACUUUGUGGCCCAGCUGUGGUACUUUGUCAAGUGUAUUUACUUUGCCCUGUCAGCGUACCAGAUCCGUUGCGGCUACCCGACUCGUAUUCUUGGCAACUUCCUGACUAAAAACUACAGCCACCUCAACUUGUUUCUCUUUCAAGGUUUUCGUCUGGUUCCUUUCCUUGUAGAGUUGCGGGCGGUAAUGGACUGGGUUUGGACGGACACCACUCUGUCUCUGUCCGAUUGGAUGUGCGUGGAGGACAUUUACGCCAACAUUUUCAUCAUCAAAUGCAGCCGUGAGACUGAAAAGAAAUAUCCCCAGCCCAAAGGACAAAAGAAAAAGAAGAUGGUGAAAUACGGAAUGGGCGGACUCAUCAUCAUCUUCUUGGUGUGCAUCAUCUGGUUUCCGCUGCUCUUCAUUUCAUUGGUCAGAUCCGUGGUGGGUGUCGUCAACCACCCCAUUGACGUGACUGUCACCGUCAAGCUCGGAGGCUACGAGCCUCUCUUCACCAUGAGUGUCCAGCAGCAGUCCAUCAAACCCUUGACAGAGGUGGAAUAUGAAAACCUCACCAAGAAGUUUGGGAACAAUGCGGUGGCUAUGCAGUUCAUUUCUCUGUACGGCUACGAGGACGUGGUGACGGCCACCAUUGAAGGCAGUUCGGGCUCAGUGUGGAGAAUAAGCCCCCCGAGCAGACAGGAGGUCAUAAAAGAACUGCUGGGAAGCCCCGCUGACCUAACGUUGCGUCUGGCGUGGAAUUUCCAAAGGGACCUGGGAAAAGGAGGGACCGUGGAGCACACGUUUGAAAAACAUUCAAUCGACCUGGAACCGGGGAACCCCGUAAGGGCCGACCUGGCUUCUCUUCUGCUCGGCAAUCGCACCGAGCCGGUGCACGUUCCAAAUAUGUUUCCAAAUUACAUCCGGGCGCCCAACGGAGCAGAGGCCAAACCCGCCAGUCAACUGUACGAAGGAAAUGAAGAAGGCUACCAGAAUAUCACCCUGUCGCUGAAGAGUGACAAUUCACUCGACUCCAGUGGCAAACAGGAAUGGUGGGACAUUGCCAUCGGAGGCUGCGCCCCUUCCGCGUGCGGCCUCCUGUCCAUGAUCAUAUUCAACGACAAAGUCAGUCCGCCCAGUCUUGGCUUCCUGGCUGGAUAUGGAAUCAUGGGUUUGUACGUCUCCGUGGUCUUGGUCAUUGGAAAGUUUGUCCGAGGCUUCUUCAGUGAGAUCUCUCACUCCAUCAUGUUUGAGGAGCUUCCGUGCGUCGACCGUAUACUGAAGCUUUGUGUGGACAUAUUCCUGGUGCGUGAAACUGGAGAGCUGGAGCUGGAAGAGGAGCUUUAUUCAAAACUCAUCUUCCUUUAUCGAUCACCGGAAACCAUGAUUAAAUGGACCAGGGACGUCCGCGGCCGAGACUGACGCUAACUGAAAUGGGCAGGAAUACAAAGCGUCUCUCUUAUCAGGUCUAUGUUUACAAAAUGUUUUUUUCAAAGUGCCCAGUGUAAUGUCGUCCAUAUCGAAACUGCCUUUUUUCCCCAAAAAUUAUUUAUUAGUGGUGAACGGCUACGCCUGAAACUCUAAGUAGCCCUUUGAGUGAGUUAUAGGUCGGCACUUUGUUCUUUUGAGAUACAAUCCCUGACAGAAGUUCUGUCGCUUAUCCACGUCAUAGGAACAAAGGCUGACUUUAAAUUCAUCCAUUGGUUAUAGAAAUGACUCAUAUGACAGCUGAAACUCUUCAGAAUGAGGUGUAAUGUAUAAAAAUAAAUGUGCUGCUUGACUGCAGGAAUAUGGAUCAUUUAAUGAA